AUGGCUACACAGAGAUCAACCAUUUCUGCGUCGACGCAGAACCGAAUUCUCAUAUGGCGGUCCGAAGUUGCUUCGGCAAUUGACGAUGCUGCAUCCUCGGCAGCCAGCUCCACCGGCGUAGCUGCCUCUUUCUCAGACACGCACUCAUCUGCCGAAAACUCUUUAUCACGGCAAAAUAGCGGCGGUACCAUGUCGCGGGGCCGUCGAUUCUGGCGUCGCAUUGCUCGCCGUCUGUCAGGUGGCCGCUUCGGUGGCCUUGACGAGGAUGAGUUGGAUCGUGAGCCGGCCAUCAGAACCGCCAUGUACCGCGCACCACCACCCCCUCCACCGCCCGUUGAUGCGAGAGGUGCCGCCGCCGUUGUCGAAGAAGAAGUAGUUGAUCUCGGCGAAGACAGCAGCGAUGAAAAGGUCGGUGCAGGUGGCGGCCUAAAGGACAAACAGGAGCGAUUAGAAAGGGCCGCUCGCCUAUUAGAGCAACAACACGCAGCGACUUCAUAA